GGGCGAGCGGCGGGGGAAGACAAGGCAGCGGCUAUGGCUCCCCCCCCAGCCACUCGCGCACGGCGGCGCGGCGGGCGCCGGGACCGCGGCUCCGCCAGGAGGGCGAAGUGAGGGCGCCAAGAGACAAAACCACCUCAUGCACUGGCUCCUUUUUGUGUGGACUUCUGCUUUGCAUUUCUACACAUUCAUCAUGGCCUGAAGGCGCGCACAAAAGGCAGGAAGAAAAGAUUGCGCUGAGCUGACCGCUUUGGCUUGUGUAGACCUGGACCCUGGCGAAGGGAAAACCCUCAGCUUUGGCUGGGGCUGCAGACAAAUGAGUAGAGUUGGGUACAGAAGAGGGACGGAUUCCAGUCGAUCACCUCAUUCAGUGAAGAACCCUUGAGAUCAGCCAGAGGAGGAGGAAGAAAAGUAGCGCAGGGCUUGGCAGGUGAUGCAGGAAAGGCCCGAGCCGAGACGCGGUGCAGGAGCGCUGGUGAAAAAGAGACUUGGCAAUAGGAACUGUCUCUCCAAGACGGGACAGAUAAAGCAAAGGAGCCACUAACGCACUUCCCGACAGCCUUCGCCGUUCAUCAGGAGGGAGAGCCUGCGUGACACAGGAAUGGCAGAGCAUCAGCAGUGCUGCAGUGAUGCAGGAGACUGACGUUCGCACGAGUCUCUCCUGGCUCAUUUUCCACCAUGGCUGUUGCCUCCGCAUAUUCAUCGGAUGGUAAUGCCGGAUGCCGAGAGCAGCGGUAGAGUUUGGCUUGAUCCCACUGUGUUUCUCCUGCGCUGGCUGAGACUUUGUAUCACCAUGACAACGCUGUGACACUUCUCGCAACAGCUACCCACAGAUCAAGGGUGGGCUGGGGGUGGUGAGAAGUUCCAUGAUUGAUUCGAACUGGAUCAAAAGUUGCAGUGGCAACGCAAAGACUGUCGCAAAGCCGCCGUCAGGACAAGAAGAUGAAAUUUCCAUUCUAUUGGCUUCUCGAUAAGCAGGCACAAUAACGUUUCUUUCUAGAGACUCGCUGUAAGAGCUCUUUUGGUUAUGGCUACUGAUCCAACGUGAUUGGGCGCGCGCCGACUCUCGAACUCAUGACUGGAUAUACGAUGUUGCGGAAUGGGGGAGUGGGGAAUGGAGGCCAGCCAUGGGUGUUGAGAUGGUCCAGUCGGAUCCGGCUCACCUGGCUUAGUUUCACCCUCUUUAUUAUCCUCGUCUUCUUUCCCCUCAUUGCCCACUACUACUUGACCACCAUUGAUGACGCGGACGACGCUGGCAAGCGCAUCUUUGGCCCUCGGACCGGCAACGAGCUUUGCGAGGUGAAGCAUGUGCAAGACCUGUGCCGCAUCCGCGAGUCGGUCAGCGAGGAGCUGCUCCAGCUGGAGGCCAAGCGGCAGGAGCUCAACAGCGAGAUCGCCAAGCUGAACUUGAAGAUCGAGGCCUGCAAAAAGAGCAUUGAAAAUGCCAAGCAGGACCUGCUGCAGCUGAAGAACGUCAUCAGCCAGACGGAGCAUUCCUACAAAGAACUGAUGGCCCAGAACCAGCCAAAGCUCUCCUUGCCAAUCCGGCUCCUGCCAGACAAAGACGAUGCGACCUUUCCUUUGCCAAAAUCCAACCGGAACUGCAGGCUGCACAAUUGCUUUGACUACUCACGAUGCCCGUUGACGUCUGGCUUUCCAGUCUAUGUCUACAACAGCGACGAUUACCCUUUUGGUAGUUCCUUAGACCCUUUAAUUAAACAAGCCUUUGAGGCGACUGUCAGAACUAAUGUUUAUGUUACUGAAAAUGCAAAUAUUGCUUGUGUGUAUAUAAUUUUAGUGGGGGAAAUGCAAGAGCCCGUAAUGCCAAAACCUACUGAACUAGAGCAACAGUUGCACUCUUUGCCAUAUUGGAGGACUGAUGGACAUAACCAUCUCAUCAUCAAUUUAUCAAGGAAAUCGGAAACUCAGAAUUUUAUUUACAACAUCAGCACAGGGCGUGCCAUGAUUGCUCAGUCCACCUUUUAUGAUGUGCAGUAUCGACCAGGGUUUGAUAUUGUGGUAUCACCUCUGGUCCAUGCUAUGUCGGAACCCAACUUCCUAGAAAUCCCACCCCAGGUGCCAGUCAAGCGUAAAUAUCUGUUCAGUUUCCAGGGAGAGAAGAUCGAGUCCCUCAGAUCUAGCUUGCAAGAGGUUCGCUCCUUUGAAGAGGAAAUAGAAGGCAAUGCCCCAGCUGACUAUGACGAUCGGAUCAUCACCACCUUGAAGGCUGUUCAGGACAGCAAGUUGGACUUUGUUUUGGUGGAGUUCACGUGUAAGAACCAGCCUAAGGCAAGUCUGCCCACUGAGUGGGCUCUGUGUGGAGAAAGGGAUGACAGACUAGAGCUACUGAAGCUAUCUACUUUUGCACUGAUAAUCACCCCAGGGGACACCCACCUGGUGAUCUCCGCCGGGUGUGCCAUGAGACUGUUUGAGGCUCUGGAAGUUGGAGCCAUCCCGGUGAUUCUUGGAGAGCAAGUUCAGCUACCCUACAAUGAUGUGAUCCGGUGGAACGAGGCAGCCUUAAUCAUACCAAAGCCACGUAUCACAGAAGUGCACUUUCUUCUGAGAAGCAUUUCUGACAACGAUCUCCUUGCCAUGAGGAGGCAAGGCCGCUUCUUGUGGGAGACCUACUUCUCCACCUCCGACAACGUGUUCAGCACAGUCUUAGCCAUCAUAAGGACUCGAAUCCAAAUCCCGGCUGCUCCUAUCCGAGAAGAAGCUGCCGUGGAGAUUCCACAUCGGUCCGGCAAAGCUGCUGGUACAGACCCCAAUAUGGCAGACAACGGUGACCUGGACUUGGGGCCUGUGGAAACAGAACCACCCUAUGCAUCUCCCAAAUAUCUCCGCAACUUCACCCUCACCGCAAUGGACAUCUACAGGAAUUGGAAUUCGGCUCCUGGGCCUUUCCACCUCUUCCCCUAUACUCCCUUCGAUCCCGUUUUACCAUCAGAAGCAAAGUUUUUGGGGUCUGGGACUGGAUUUCGACCAAUUGGUGGAGGAGCAGGUGGCUCUGGGAAGGAGUUCCAGGCUGCUUUGGGUGGCAACGUCCCCCGGGAACAGUUCACAGUAGUGAUGUUAACUUACGAGCGGGAGGAAGUGCUGAUGAACUCCCUGGAGAGGCUCAAUGGUCUCCCCUACUUAAAUAAAGUGGUGGUAGUGUGGAACUCUCCCAAGCUUCCCUCUGAGGAUCUCUUAUGGCCAGACAUUGGUGUCCCAAUCAUGGUUGUCCGCACAGAGAAGAACAGCCUGAACAACCGGUUCCUGCCGUGGGACGAGAUCGAGACGGAGGCCAUCCUGUCCAUCGACGAUGAUGCUCACCUCCGCCACGAUGAGAUCAUGUUCGGCUUUCGGGUCUGGCGAGAGGCGAGGGACCGCAUCGUGGGCUUCCCGGGGCGCUACCACGCGUGGGACAUCCCCCAUCAGUCCUGGCUCUACAACUCCAACUACUCGUGCGAGCUCUCGAUGGUGCUCACUGGUGCUGCCUUCUUCCACAAGUACUACGCCUACCUGUACUCCUACGUGAUGCCCCAAGCCAUCCGCGACAUGGUGGAUGAGUACAUCAACUGCGAGGACAUUGCCAUGAACUUCCUCGUCUCCCACCUCACGAGAAAGCCUCCCAUAAAGGUGACCUCCCGCUGGACUUUCCGCUGCCCCGGCUGCCCCCAGGCCCUGUCGCACGACGACUCUCACUUCCACGAGCGGCACAAGUGCAUCAACUUCUUCGUCAAGGUGUACGGCUACAUGCCGCUCCUGUACACCCAGUUCCGCGUGGACUCGGUCCUCUUCAAGACCCGCCUGCCCCACGACAAGACAAAAUGCUUCAAGUUCAUCUAGGAGGCUGCCGGGCGCCCUGGGCUCUCGGGGCUCCGGCCGGAGGCGGCUUUUUGGCGGCGCCCGCAGCACCGGAGGCCUUUUGCCGUUGACUCCGGCCUCCCCGCGGCGGAGCGAGCGGGACGCCGGAGACCCGGCUGGGCGCCUUUGCCCCUGCCGUCCCGCGGAGCGGCAUCUCGCGGCUUCCGAAAAGACACUCCCUGGGAUCGUACACUGAGGAACGGCGCGUUGGCUAGCGGCUCUGCCCCUUCGCUAGCCAAGGGCGGCCGUUCUUUUUAAUUAUAAUUAUUGUUAUUUAAAAUGAAAGUGUUUUAGAUUUGCCACGUGAGGCUUUUUUUUUGUUUUUUUUUCUCCCCCCUUCCUCCCCAACCUCCCUCCACUCCGGACCUGCCUGCCUGCUCGAGGGUGACUGCGGCAAGGCUGAGUCGGAGACGCUGGACGCGAAGACGUUGUCCCCAGCACGGAGGCAGCUCCGGUGACCGCUGGCGUCCCCAUUCCCGUCCUUCCUUCGUUCCUGCGGCCGCCGCGGAGGACAUGGAGGUGGUGCCGGGGCCGAGGGGCAUCGGGACGUAGGUUUUGCAGAGCGGGCUGCUCCAUGGCCGCCGCGGGGGUUCGAGGGCAGCCCGGAGACGCUCGGGAGGGCGAACCUCGGCCCGCUGUUCGGCUCCGCGUUGCUGGCUUUCCUCGGCCCGGUCGGCACCGCUGCCGCAAGUUGCAGGCCUUUGCGGAGGCCGGCGCUAUUUUGGAGGGGCCAUCGGUGCUUCUCUGGCCCCAUUUCCACCCGCUCGCCUUGCCGGUGCAUCCGGGUGGGUCCCACAGCCGCUCCGGGCCUGUGCGUGGCAUCAGCCCCACCGGGGCGCCCAGCCCGGCGCUGGCGCCACAUUUUCGGGGAGUAACCGGAUUUCAUGGCCACGGCACAGCCCGGCACUAGAGCGCAGGGAAAGGCAGGUCCGUGCAGCCCUUUCUUUUUAUUUUAUUUUUUCCAUCCCAUUUCCCUUCCGUCUCAGCAGCCGGCCCUCAAAAUUGAGCAUUUGAAGGCUCGCAGUCUCUUUAGAAAAAAAAAAUCCGAGCGGAGACUCCCACGAGGCUCCGAAAAUCUGGGGUGAUGGAGGUUCCCGCUCCAGCCCAGCGCAGGGCCCGACCCGCCGCCGCCUCAGCUCCCCGCACGUUGUGACUAGCGGCGCCGGCGUCGGGCCCGGCUCCGGCAAGCUCCCUGCCGCCCCGCGGGUGGGCGAACUGCGGCGGGAGCACCGGCUUCGAAAAUGAGAGCGAAGAAGGAAAAAACGAAAAACACUCCUCCAACACGAGCACAAUAUUCGUAUGUCGAGUUUUUUUUGUAAGAGGAUCCAAUAAAUGGAGAGUUCAACUUGA